AUGGCAGGUCCCACAACCCAUGUUGUCAUGCUCCUGCUCCUGGCCCUGUGUGCCCACUGCAUUGCCCCUGCAGGCUCUGUGGUCAUCCCUUCUUUCUGCUGCAUGUCCUUCAUUUCCAAGAAAAUUCCUGAGAACAGAAUAGUAAGCUACCAAUUCUCCAGGGGGAGUGUCUGCCCCAGGGCUGGGGUCAUCUUCACCACCAAGAAGGGCAGGAAGUUCUGUGGCAGCCCCCAGCACCACUGGGUCCAGAGGUACAUGAGGAAUCUGGAUGCCAAGUGGAGAGAGACCUCCGUGGGGACUAAGCCGACGAGCAUUCAAGUCGCUGCUCCAAGACAUCCUGUCCACAGCGCCUCCAUCAAAGCACCUGGCCCUCUGAGCUCUGGCCCAGGGCACUUGGGGUCUGGUGAGCUACUGGUGAGCCAGUGGGUAUAG